AUGGCUACUACCACUACUGUUAACAUUACUGACCACUCACGUCAGAAGCCUCUCAGUGCUGAGCACCCUAUUACUACAGAGCAAGUUGACGACAAGGUAUCCUACUCUAUUAAAGUGGGAAACUCGACUAUUGAGUUAGCCUCUACCAAGUCGCCUGUUAUUUUACACGAGGCUCACAAUCCAGAGGAAGGUGCCUCCAAAAAGUAUCCCGAUGUCUACUACAUCUCGCCUAAAGAUGUUAACUUGAGCGUUCUGAAGAAGAGCAGCACUGUAACCUAUUGCCCUUAUAAGGGGUAUGCUUCAUACUAUUCAGUCAUUGAUGGCCCUGAAGAUGUCGCUUGGUCAUAUGAGGAAGCUUAUGACCAGGUUUCGCCUAUUCGUGGCCGUUUAUCGUUCUAUGAAAAUAAGGUAAUCAAAGCUUAG